AACAUUUUCAUUGUUUUCCGGUUCUUUCUUCCUCUUCCCAGGCGCAAGAACAGAUGGUGAGGGGAGGGAAGGUUGGUUGCAAGAGAAAGUUCAACAGAAGGGUUCGGUCCAAAGAUAAGGGUUCAGAUGAUUCGGAUGAGGACUAUGUGGUUUCAGAUGAAGAAAAUGAGGUAUCAGAUGGUUGGGAAGAGGAUUGUUGCUCUUCUGUAGAUGGGUAUGCAUCAGAAGAGAGUUUUGGUAGUUUUGUUGAGGAGGAGGAGGAGGAGGAGGAAGAAGAAGAAGAAGAAGAGGAGGAGAGGAAGGUUGUCAGAUCAAAGGUUAGAUCAAAAGUGCAAAAGAGUAUUUCAGGUCAGCAGAAAGUUGGGGCAAAAAUGGUGAGAAAAAGGAGAAGAGUUAUGUAUGAUGAUGAAGAAGAAGAUGCGGAUGAGGAUUAUGAGGUUGAUGACGAAGAGGAUGAUGAGGAAUAUAUGCUGGAUGAAGAAGAUGAAUCAGUGGGGAGAAAGAGGAGAGCUGAUAUGAAAGUGCGCAAGCGAGGUUCACGGAAAAAGACUUCGGUAAGGGGUCAGAAAAGGAAGAGGAAAUCUAAAGUUACAAAGAAGUCUUUGAAAAAGAAAAGAAGAAAGAAUAUUGGGUCAAGAAGGAAAGUGCAAUAUGAUGAUGACGAGGAUGGUGGUAGUGAGUUUGUUAAUAACAGAUCGAUUGCAACAAAAAAGAGCAAGAAAAAACCAGGUCCCAAAAAGAGGAGGUAUGUUGCACCUUUAGAUUCAGAUUAUCUGUCUUCUGGAUCAUCUGAUCAUGACUUCACCCUUUCUGGGGAAGAUAAGCAUACCAUUUCUGAAGAAGAGAGACAGCAAGUGAGAGAAGCCAGAGAACUUUGUGGAAAUUUACGAGGUAGUUUGAGGCGUUUGUCUUUUCCAAGCAGAAAUCAGGAGGUUGGAGAUUUUCAUCAGCAAAGACAACCUCAGGUAGGGAAGGGUAAGGACAAGUUAGAGGAACCUUUGGGAAAGAAGGGUAAGGAGAAGGUGGAGGAAGUGAGGACUGAGGUGGGAAAGCAGCUAUGUGGAAUUUGCCUGUCUGAAGAAGAUAAAAGAAGAGUAAGGGGAACAUUGGACUGUUGCUCUCACUAUUUUUGUUUUGCUUGCAUCAUGGUGUGGGCAAAAGUGGAAUCUCGUUGCCCUUUAUGCAAGCAGAGGUUCAAGACAAUUAGUAAGCCUGCCAAGUCGACCGUAGGAAUUGAUUUGAGAGAAGUGUUGAUUGAAGUCCCUGAGCGCGAUCAGGUUUAUCAACCCUCUGAGGAAGAACUCAGGAGUUACCUUGAUCCAUAUGAGAAUGUGUUUUGUACAGAAUGUCAUGAAGGUGGGGAUGAUGGUCUCAUGUUGCUGUGUGAUAUCUGUGAUUCACCUGCGCACACUUAUUGUGUUGGACUUGGGCGGGAAGUUCCUGAAGGUAAUUGGUAUUGUGAUGGUUGUAGACCCGUUGCACUGGCAUCACCCAGUUCCCGAGUGCAAGAUCAUUUGCCAGAUCAAAGGGCUAGAAGCAACAGCUUAUCUAAUAGACCACCGCAUUCCGUAAAUGUUAGGGAAAGCUUAGACCUCAAUUCAAUGUCCUCGCCUUGUACACCAUUUGCCCAAGGAUUUGGCAAUCUUUCAUCUCCCAGAUUUCCUGUUGGAGAUUCUCUGGCAGCUUCUCCAGCAUCCGGAGCAGGGGCACCAACUCUAUCAGGAAGACGUUGGAUACAUCGUCACAUUCAACAACUCCUUUCCCUCAAUAGAAUGAAUUCUAUGGCUGGUAGAACUGCUGGGACUGUAGCUGCUAAUUCAAGUAGUAAUUUUUUAAAUUCUCGAAGUAAUCUGGAUCGAGACGGAGAUACUUCAACUCAGCAAACAAGGACGCAAGAAAUGGAGACAGCAUAUCAUGCAUUCUUUGAGGAUAGAUUACAGGACAAUCCCUCUCCAUCAUUUCAGAACAGGGAUUUACAUUCAUCGGCAAUAAGCUUUUUGAGAAGGCAAGCAGCACAGGACCAGACUACUACAACUACCGACAGUUCUUUGAACGGGACAUUAUGUCCUGAACCUCUAGGAAUGAACAUAACGGGUUAUGAGGAAUUCCAUCAAUGCAGUAGAUCAUCGAGUAUUGGGUAUAAUGGUAGUGUGCCACCUUAUACAGACAGAGAGGGGAUUGAGUUUCAUGUGGCGAAGGAACAAUUGCAAUCUACAGUUAAAAAACAUUUGAAGAACUUGGCCCGAGAUAUUGAUUUAGGUAACAGUACUUUCAAGGACAUAGCAAGGAGUUCCACACACACCAUAUUAGCUGCAUGUGGCCUCGAGCAUAGGAGGAAUGAGGCUUAUUUCCCUGUUCCCCAACCAUCAGUUUGUUCCCACAUAGAAUUAAUGGCGGGUGGACAGACUAGUCUGAUGAAAGGUUGCUGCUCUUCUUGCUUUGAUUCUUUUGUAGGGGAUGUAGUGAAGAGGGUCAUGGACACAAGAAUGCCAUCAUCAUCAUGGUUGAGUCUAGGCCUUUAGGGAUUUGAUGCAGCCGGCACGGCAUGGGGCAAACCAUUUUUUGCUAAUGCUAGGAGUUAGAGAAGGAUCUGUGGUUAAGGUGUCUAUAGUGAUGAUUCGCUGACAUUGGACAUUAAAGAAAUCCAUUCUCAUUGGAUCAUUUUACUGUUAAUUUUUUUAACUAUUCUUAAUGAACAUAAAAUUACUCGAUGCAUUGGUAGAGGCACUAAUUAUUUUUUUCAAGGGGACACCAAAAUGGGUGCGACCUUUAAAUAAUUGGUUGUAUUGUUGGCAAUCUUGAAUGAAUGCUUGUGUUUUUGGCA